AUGAAACCUUCUUGGUCUUCAUCAACAACUAUUCAGGUGGUCAGCAUCUCAACUAUCAUCAUCAUCAUCAUCAUCUUCAUCUUCUUCCGCAAGUAUGUUAUCAACAAAACUACAAGCAACCAACCAGGAUUACCACCUGGGCCAACUCCUUUACCAUUCAUUGGUUGCAUCAUUCAAAUGCUUCUAAAUCGGCCAACUUUCCGAUGGAUUCACAAACUCAUGGACCAGUUUAAUACCCCAAUACUUUGCAUCAAGCUAGGACCAUCGACCCAUGUCAUUGCAGUCUCCAGUCCAAACCUAGCAUGCGAGUUCCUACGAAAGCAAGAUGUAGUAUUUUCUUCCAGGCCUGAAACGUUAUCCACUUAUCUGGUAAGUGAUGGGUAUAAAGCAACUAUUCUUUCCCCUAAUGGGAAUCAAUGGAAGAAAAUGAGAACAAUCAUGAUCCAUGAUGUACUCGCCCCACCAAUGCACAAAUGGCUCCAACCUACACGAGACGAUGAAGCCAAUCACUUGCUUAGCUACAUUUACAAUCAAAUAGAAAAAAAGGAUACCCUAACUGAAGGUGGAUUAGUAAAUAUUCGAAACACGAGCCAACAUUAUUUCGGAAAUUUGAUAAGGAUGAUGAUUUUUGGGACAAGAUUCUUUGGGGCUGGAAUGGAAGAUGGGGGCCCAGGUGAAGAAGAAACUGAACAUGUCGCGUCUGUUUUCAUUAUCCUCAAGUAUCUUUAUGCAUUUUCCAUCAGUGACUUCUUCCCGUGGUUGAGAGGUAAGACUGAUUUUGAGGGCCAUCAAAAGAUUAUCGAAACGGCCAUUCAAAGAGUUCGUAAGUACCAAGAUCCGUUGAUUGAUGAACGAAUUCAAAUGUGGAAAGAUGGAGUGCGAAAGGAAUUAAUGCUAGCUGCGAUUGAUAAUUCCUCCAAUGCAAUAGAAUGGACGAUGGCAGAGAUGAUCAACAACCCUACUAUCCUAAAACGAGCCGUUGCGGAGCUGGACGAAGAAGUGGGUGACAACCGUGUGGUAGAAGAGGGAGACCUUCCUCAACUUAAUUACAUUAAAUCAUGCAUCAAGGAGGCCUUCAGGCUGCAUCCUUUCGCACCUUUCAACAUUCCCCAUGUUUCGAUGAGGAAUACCACAGUUGCUGGUUACUUCAUACCCAAGGGUAGCCACGUCUUGCUUAGUCGUCCUGGGCUGGGAAGAAAUCCAAAUGCAUGGACAAAUCCAAUGCGGUUUGACCCAGAUCGACAUGUUGAUGCAGAUGGAAAGCAAGUGGUUCUUUCAGAUAAUGACCUGAGAAUGCUUUCGUUUAGCACUGGGAGACGAGGAUGUCCGGGAGUGGCGUUGGGUUCAACAAUAACUACAAUGAUGUUGGCUAGAAUGGUUCAAGGGUUCAGCUGGGAGGUGCCACAAAAUGAGUCGGGUGUUGAUCUUGUUGAAAAUCAUGACGACCUUGUCUUGGCUAAGCCGCUUGUUCUCAUCGCGAAACCACGGUUACCUCACCAUCUCUACCCAAAAAGCUGAACACAAUAUAUAUUGUUUUUGGGAAUAUAUUUGUGUAUAUAGAUACACGUCAAUUGGUAAACAUGCAUGAUCACCGUUUGCAUCGUUGAAGAAAUGAUUGCUUAUGGUGAUCAACACUACAAAACGUUGAGAAGUUCAGUAAUUAUUUAUUGUUCACUACUUCAAUAUUUUAUGUUUAUUAUUUUUAUUUAGGACAUAUUUAUCAUUGUAAACGGCAAGUUGUACUUGUUUUUUAAGUAAAAAGGUUAAAU